AACGUUAAGCUGCUGCUGUUGCUUUAGGAGCGAGAGGAAACGGCGCCGGGGACAGAAGGAGGGUAGCCGAUUGCAGCCAUGCUGAAUCACAGGCGCUGAUUAAUUCGCCCAGCUUGCGGCAUCCAGACCAGGGAGGACGGUGGGAGACGCGGCGCUGCCCGAGGACAGCAGACGAGGGUGCAUGCAGAGUUCAAGCUCCACUCCGGCUGCGCACAAUGGACGACGAAAGCAGCAAGCGGUGCCCUCGAGCACUGGAGGCAGUUGAAGAGAAGGACCAGCGAACAGUGACCAUCAAUCCUUGUCAUAUGGGGAAAGCAUUCAGAGUAAUGAAUGAAUUAAGGAGUAAGCGGCUUCUGUGUGAUGUGGUGAUUGUUGCUGAAGAUGUUGAGAUUGAAGCCCAUCGUGUGGUCCUAGCAGCCUGCAGUCCAUAUUUCUGUGCCAUGUUUACAGGAGAUAUGACAGAAAGCAAAGCAAAGAAAAUUGAGAUCAAAGACGUUGAUGGGCAAACCUUAAGUAAGCUGAUUGAUUAUAUCUACACAGCAGAAAUUGAAGUCACAGAAGAGAAUGUUCAGGUUUUGUUGCCAGCAGCCAGUCUAUUACAGUUAAUGGAUGUUCGACAGAACUGUUGUGACUUCCUUCAAUCUCAGCUCCAUCCCACCAAUUGCCUUGGAAUUCGCGCCUUUGCAGAUGUGCAUACUUGCACUGAAUUAUUGCAACAGGCCAAUGCCUAUGCAGAGCAGCAUUUUCCUGAGGUGAUGCUUGGUGAAGAGUUUCUCAGCCUAAGUCUCGACCAGGUUUGCAGCUUGAUAUCGAGUGACAAGCUCACUGUGUCAUCUGAGGAAAAGGUGUUUGAAGCUGUCAUUUCUUGGAUAAAUUAUGAGAAAGAGUCUCGCUUGGAACACAUGGCAAAGCUGAUGGAGCAUGUCCGGCUCCCUCUCUUGCCUAGAGAUUACCUUGUACAGACAGUUGAAGAAGAAGCUUUAAUCAAGAAUAAUAACACAUGCAAAGACUUUCUAAUUGAAGCCAUGAAAUAUCACUUACUUCCUCUGGAUCAAAGGCAGCUGAUAAAGAAUCCUCGGACAAAACCAAGGACACCAGUCAGUCUGCCAAAGGUGAUGAUUGUGGUAGGUGGGCAAGCCCCCAAAGCCAUUCGGAGCGUGGAGUGUUACGACUUCGAGGAAGAACGGUGGGAUCAAGUUGCUGAACUUCCUUCCCGGAGAUGUAGAGCAGGGGUGGUCUUCAUGACUGGCAAAGUUUAUGCUGUAGGAGGUUUUAAUGGCUCUUUGCGAGUCCGAACGGUAGAUGUAUACGAUGGAGUGAAAGACCAAUGGACGUCAAUAGCUAGCAUGCAAGAAAGACGGAGCACUUUAGGAGCUGCCGUGCUUAAUGAGCUUCUCUAUGCUGUUGGUGGAUUCGAUGGAAGCACAGGUCUGGCUUCUGUGGAGGCCUAUAAUUAUAAAACCAAUGAGUGGUUUUUUGUGGCACCUAUGAACACAAGAAGGAGCAGCGUUGGAGUGGGAGUUGUGGAGGGUAAACUCUAUGCUGUGGGUGGUUACGACGGAGCAUCACGUCAGUGCCUUAGUACUGUGGAGCAGUAUAAUCCGGCUACAAAUGAGUGGGCUUACGUUUCAGAUAUGAGCACUCGGCGCAGUGGUGCAGGUGUCGGCGUGCUGAGUGGACAGCUCUAUGCGACUGGAGGACAUGAUGGUCCUUUGGUGAGGAAAAGUGUGGAAGUGUACGACCCUGGAACAAAUAGCUGGAAACAAGUGGCAGACAUGAAUAUGUGUAGGAGAAAUGCAGGGGUGUGUGCAGUGAAUGGACUUCUCUAUGUGGUUGGAGGAGAUGAUGGUUCCUGCAAUUUGGCAUCUGUAGAAUACUACAACCCAGUCACUGAUAAAUGGACCUUAUUACCAACCAAUAUGAGCACUGGAAGAAGUUAUGCAGGUGUAGCUGUGAUCCAUAAACCAUUGUGACAGCAAUUCAUAUGAAAGCAAAGAUGACAAACUGUGUCUGUAUAACUUGGUGGAUUUUGGAAGAUCCUGGUAUCUUAACUGCCACUCUGUUGUUGCACUGCCAGCAUGCCCAGCACAUGCUAAGACCACCUAACUCUGCUCAGCAAUAGCAGUGCAUCAGUAUGAAAACCCUGCUGUGAACGUGAAAUAACGUGUCGGUUGAGUGGGGUUUUUUGGGUGCAAUCCGCUGUUUUAUGUACAGCUGGGACUAAGUUUGAAGUGAAUUUCUCAAGAGAGGAAAUGUUUCUUUAUGGCAUGUAAGAGGGAGAAACAAUACUUUGGAAUACUUCACUACUGAAGUUGCAUACACACUAUAUGUGCUAGAAGGCAUUUCCUGUAAUUACACCUUUAGACAAAUCUACUGAGACUGGAAUUUUGCAAUGCCCUUCAAAAGAACCUGGCCUACAAACAGGUCAGAGGAAUACACUGGGAACUCUGCUCAUACAGUGUAUUGGCCCCAUUUUGUGCACAUACACUAGUUGGACUUUGUAACUGCGAUUCAGGACACGGGAGGUAUGCACUCUGUGACUUCCAUCUUUUGCAUAGAACUGCAUUCACAUACAGGAUCAGAUGAGCAGCUCCUUCUCUGGGGUGGAGGCAUACUUCAACUACCCAAAGACUAACAACCCCAUAGAAGCAUAGUGUUCUGCAGGGCACUUCAGAAUGAAUUUCGCUCAAGGAAAGGGGAGUCUAGAUACUGUGUCUCUUGUUUAUUGCCAAACAAUUCAGAAAAUCCAAGCUUCACACACCUCUUUUAAGGGGACAUUUAGGUCCUUGUAGUUGAUUUGAAAGAAUCCGCUCUGGUCACGUCUAAUUCUCCUCCAACACUCAUGGAAUUCAGUCGUGGAUUUAGAGUUCCAGCCCAGCUCUAAAAGCUCCAUCAGGGUGUGGCGCGCAAAGAUGAUAUUGCCAAGAAUAAUGGUUUUGAGAGAACUCUGGACAAGCCUAUCUGAGCAAAUGGGACUUCAGGAUCACACACAGGAUGGCUAGCAGUCUGUCUGGAAAAGUAAUUGUAAAUCCUGACCGAGUUGAGAUUAGACUGGACUGGGUUCCACCUAUACCUGCAUAUACCUCUCAUGCAUUUGGCCAAACACCAUUCGUGGUCCAAGAUGAUAUUUAAAACCUUUAAGUGUCUUAAAUGCUUCCACCAUAUGAUUGUUUAAUUCCACCCAUUUUUCUUAACUGUCCUUUUAUUGUUCUCCAUAUUUUCAUUAUUAUAGCUGGCUUAAAAAUGUUA